ACGUAUUACACUACACCGUAUCACCUUACCCUAAUCUCCUAAACACACAACAGCCGCCAUCAAAAAAAAUUCACAUCCGUCUCCACCAAAGAUGCAAUCGACGCCUGGAAGUCCAUCUUUUCCGUCAAACACAAGUAGCCCUAACCCUAUCCCGCCGCCACGAUCAACCACGAUCAACGAUUUGAGGGAACAACAAGUAAAUUUGAUCCGGGAAUUCGGAGCUUUUAGUUCUUAUUCUCGAAGAUCUCUCCGGCCGGCCGUUAGUUCAUCAUCUGCCACGAUGGGCCCAUCUGAAGCUUCGGUGGCAAGAUCGAAUUUUUUAUGCGCGUCACCACCAAAGUUUGAUACCGAUUUCAAGGAUGUAGCUGCUACUGGUAGACAUACAUGUAUAUGCAACAUGUGGUCUCUGUUCCCUGAUCAGAAGAAGCAUAGUAGCUGUUGUUGUUAUUCCAUCACCAGUUCCCAUCCUUUAUUACUACCAAAAAAUGGACAUGGUGGUAGUGUCGCUUGCACCCUUCGACGAUCCAUCGCCAUAGGUGUCAUCAUCGGAGCCAUACGGUGUUGCCUUCAAACACUUUCUAGAGGAGGUGAAGGAUGGAAGAAUGAGAAUUUGGAAGGAUUAGAGGAGUUAUCUGUUAAAAAGGGGAAUAACACGAACAUUUGAAACACAACAAUUAACGUUGAUUUGAAGACAGCUGGACACAAUUUGAAAACUCAUACGCUCCCAUGCUUAAAGGUCAAAUGGUCAUAAAACACACCUAGCACAAAAUAACAAAGUUACAAAUUUGAUAUUCUGAAACAGACUAAGAAACUACUCUCAAGUUUUAAAUGUCAAAUGAAAAGGUAACAUCCAGAUCUUAGCCUAUGUCCUUACUCAUGUUGAUUUUUGUUCUUCUAUUGUACUUUCCUUUUUUGUUUUCCUUUCAUAUCUGGUGGUUCUUGAGUGAUUAAUAUCUUUACAACCCUCCCUCAAGGUUUCAAGUUCUCAACAUGGCUGUAAGAGGAAAAAUUUCAAAUAGGUUAUAUUUAUUUCUUAUUUUCUUUUCUUUAAGUACAUAUACUAACAAUUUUUCAUUGAUUUGCAUGGGGAAUACUGUCAAAGAGUCUGAUAUAUACAUCUAUAUUUGGGGAUAUCAAAUGCAACUAGAUAACUCAUAACUUUAUGGUGCUAAUUCAUCAACUUAUGUUCAUGGCUUAUUAACUACCUAACAAAAAAAUCCAACGGAUUAACAGAUGAUGUUUAUGUCGAUUAACUGAUGGGUCUUACCAACGUUUAUAAGCUAUUAACAUAUUUUUCAUGCUACAUGAGUGAAAAAGAACUUGACAACAUCAUUAUGUUUUUAACUGCAUGUCUUACUUUUUUUUACACUUCAUAUAUGCUGUAAGAUGAGAAACUGAAGAUGUAGAGCUUCUUCAAACUACCCAGACCCUAGACAGGAAUUAUUACACUUGGAUGAAGCCAUUGGUAUUAAAUACAGAGGAAUAUGGACAUCUCACAUUUCAAAAUUUCCAAAUCCCUUUUGAGAAGUUUAUGCCUCAUUAUACUUUUUAGUACCUGGACCAAAGGAUUCAUUAACGGUAAGCUUCUUAAGUGUCAUGACGAAGUUUUAAUGUUAUUGAUCUGGCUAUAACCUCAUUAUUGGAUAAGAGUUGUUGGUUUGCGAUUUGUAAUGUGUAAAUCACUUAGUUAAAGUAGUUAACUUUCAUUUGGAUAGAAUAAUCUUUCUGCAUGGCUUUGAUUUCUCGCAUCGUCAAUUAAGACAUCUUUGUUUAGGAGAAUUCUUAUAAGAAAAUUGAUAUUUUUUUUUACCUUAGAGCUGUACG